CAACCUCCUAACGCCCCACUCCCUGUUCACCUUUAUAUAUUCUCUCCCCAUUUCCUCCUCUCUCCCACUCCCAAUUUCUCUCCCAUUUCUCUCCCAUUUCCCCUCCAAUGGCGUCCUCCCCCCAUUUCAUCCUCUUCUUAGCCCUCGCCGGAACCCUAAUUUCACGCGCCCAAUCCCUCACUUGCUCUUCCCAAUCCUUCUCCAACAGAUCCUUCACCCACUGCGACGAUCUCCCCCAUCUCGACGCCUUUCUCCACUGGACCUACGACCCCAAAAAUUCCUCUCUCUCCCUCGCUUUUCUCGCCUCUCCGCCGCAAUCCGCCGGCUGGGUCGCCUGGGCCGUCAACCCCACCUCCACCGGCAUGGCCGGAGCCCAGGCCCUCGUCGCCUCUGUUUCCGGCAAAUCCCCCACCGUCCGUACCUUCAACAUCUCCUCCUACUCCUCUGUUGUCCCCUCACCGAAACUCUCCUUCCUCGUCUGGGGCCUCGCCGCCGAAGUUUCCGAUGGUCGGUUCACUAUCUUCGCCACCGUCAAAGUUCCGCCUAAAACCAAGUCGCUGAACCAGGUCUGGCAAGUUGGACCGGCGGUUGACCCGGAUUCUGGUGUUCCUGUAGUUCAUGAGUUCGAACAGGCUAAUUUGAAGGCCACGGGCGUGUUGGAGUUUGAUAAGAAGUCUAGUGCUAGUCCUGCCCCAUAUGCUCACGACGGCGCGUCUCCUGCACCUUCGCCAGCGGUUGUCGGUGUCAACGAAACUACCACUUCCACCACCGCGCCCAGCCCUGAAAAGAGUGGGGUCGCCGGAAUUAGAAGCGGAAAUUUGGGGCUGGUUGUGGGUUGGUUUGUGUUUGUUUGGGGAAUUUUUAGUGUCUAAUUUUAAUUUAGAUGAAAAAAAAA